CUCAUUACUUUUUUUUUCAGGUACAAACAUACAUGCGCAAUUGCCACGUAACGAGCGAGGUAUACGGCGAAAUUUAAUAUUUCCAGAAGAUCGAACUAAAAUAAAAGCUGAAACAUGUGUUGACACGAACGACAAAGAAGAUAAUCCAAAAACGAAAAACUUGCCUCUGUUCACAAGGAAGAGUUACUUAGUGCCACCGAAUACAAUAAAAGAAUUGCAUGUUCAGACCAUAUUUAAACGAAACAGGUUUGAGAAGUCUCAAUUUAGCAUUUUGACAAUGAAUUCUGAAAAUACGAAUCCCGGAUUAUUAGUGGCGUCGAAAGGCUGCUCGGCCAAGAUGGAAAAUACAAAUAUGCAUGCCGAUUCUGCCGUACAUGUGAAGAGUGUCUUACUGCACACAUUAAAUUUAAACGAGCAAUCUGGUAUAAAUAUCUUACAUUCCUCCUUCACAGAUCUUGCAGAGACGGGCAAUGGGGCAGUGGAGAAAGUCCUAGAGAAUUUAAAUUCUAAUAAAAUAUCAAAUGAUAUUUGCCAAAAUAACGACUGUAACGUUACUACCAAUAGGUCACAUUUGCACCCUGCAAGUGACACAGAUGUGAAAACUGCUUGUCCGUGUGAUAAUAAUGACACAGAACAGAAAGAUUCUAGUACAGAACAUCAUUCGCCCACGACAUGUAUAUUGUCUGGCGUAAGAAAAGUAAAAGAGAAUUUACUUGAAAGAGUUAAAGCAGAGGAAUGUUCACCUAUUCCUGAGGAAGAUUUGCAAUCAUCCUUACAAAUCGCUAAAAUAAUAAAGGAGGAGUGCUUGAAUUUACAACGUAGCGCAGACGGCGAUAAAAGUGUAACCCUUAAUAAAACAGAACUGACAGUUUUGUUAUCUAAAUUGAAAAAUCUUAUCUGUAGACUAGAGGAAGAUGUGGCCGAUUUCAAGCUAACGCUAACUACUGUCACAGAACUGCUAUGUGCGACAAAUGUGGCAAACGUGAAAAGUGAGGACAACAAGGAAACUGAAGUUGCACAACAAAUAAUAGAAACCACAGAAAAUCUAAACGAUAAUACCAAAGUGACGGACACUAUGGACUCCAAGUUGCCGUUGGGACGCAUUGAUACGGAACGCGAUAACAGUUCGGACGAAACUCUUAAAAUGCUCAAUAUUGAUGACAACUUUUUGGAAAUGAAUGACAAAGAGAACGAAGAGAAUCUGAACUCGCCGUUAAUAAAGCAAUGUAUUACAUCCGAAAGGAGAAGGCGUUCUGCACGCUUGAUGGCGAAGGUUUUACAAAAUUCGAAUGCGGUCAGCGAUAGCUUUGAGAAUUUAGAAAAUGAGUUAGAGAUUGUUAACAAGAAAUUCAAUACACCGCUUAAGAGUCGAACUCCUGCGAAGAAUAAAUACCAAGAUAAAAAAGUAGAAGGUAGACCUAUGAAGGAAUACAUGGCCUUAAGGUCGCGCAUGAGUUGUUUGUCGACACCUAACACUAAACGACUUAAUUUUUCAAAGUCGACGAAUAAUAUUGAUUACGAAGCUAAUAAUUCAAACACUUCUGUGUCGAAUAAAGUAUUCGCGGAACUUUAUAGUUUGUACGAAGAUUCUGUUUAAAGGCUUCAAAGGCUUAAUGAUUUUGCGUACACAUAAUAUAUUGUCUUUUAGUAAUAUUUAUUAUAAAAUAGAUAAAUGUCAUCCUGUGCAUAAAAACUUGUCAUAUAACUUAAUUUAUACAACGUAUUACAGUAUUUUGUUAUAUAUAUAUAAUUAAUAUACCAAGUAUACUAUAUUAUUUAAGACACCUAGAACAUAUUAUUUGUCGUAACACUUAAAAAGAUAUCGCUAAAAUAGUAUUUACGAAACAAACUUAUAUAAGCCAAGAAUACAUUUGGGGAAAAAACAAAAAAAUUGUAUGUACUUUUUACUUGGAUAACAAUAUUGAAUAUUUUACUUUAUAUAUUAUAUUUUUUAUGUCAUCGCUGUCAGAUACUUCAUAAUUGAUUUAUUUUAUGUAUCUUCAAUUAUUGGUGACCAUUACAACCAAUCGAUAAUUAUACCGUCGAAAAUAAUCAUGUAUCAACAAGAAAUAGUUAGACUGUCUAAAUAAAAAAUGAUGGAAUGUAA